AUGGAUCUUCUCCACGUUAUCGCUCUAUUCUCUUUCUUCUUCACUGCUGUCGUGGCAUUCCCCCAGCAGACUGCCGUGAUUACAACAACCGCGACUCCAGCGACGAUUACCAAGGCUGCCUCGCUCAGCUGCUCGGACGGGAAGACUGCGGUCUACACGACAGAUUGUACUAUGGGAACUCCCACGUCGUACUGCGCUAGCCCAGAGCCCCCAAUACAGUGCUCGGAGGGGUACUUCCCCUCGGUUUGGCACCCAGGUCAUUGCAUGGAGCAGUCAACCUGUUUCCCGCUCGAUGCGUCCUGGAUCACGACCGAGUGCUCGCAUGGGGCGGUUCCUUGGACAACCUCGACCUUGUAUGAGGGUACCUUGGCAGGAGGACAGUCGACUAUUAUCAGUGGUCAGUCCUUCCAUCUUCCUUUUCCCUGUUCAAUACGCCCCUUAGUAUACGCCUUACCAAAGCGCAUCAACUGUGGAUACUUUCUGUAUGCCCUCAAGUUCUUGCCCAGCUGGCAUGACAACCUCGGUCUCAACCAAUACGUACUGCGCAACGGCGCCGGCAAGCGUGUGCUCAGAUAUUCCCCUCGAAACAAACUACUGCAAGUGCGAAUCUGCAGCGCAGACACCUGUAUAUCCCGACUCUGUUGGGGCGGCUCCAACCGGAUGUAA